AUGAAACCACUCCUAGCAAUUCUGCUCCUCGGCCUGCUGCUGGUGCAGGUCUCCCUGGCGAAAUCGAAGAAGGAGGAGGAUGAGGAUCUGUCAAAGUAUGCGAGGGGGGAUUUGAGUGCGAAGGAGGACGAGGGUGCUGUGUCUCCAGCCUGCGGCGGCGGUUGGUGGGGUGGCUGUGGCUGUCAUCACCACCACGGAUGCUGUUGGCGUCGCUGCUGCCACCAUCACCACCACUGUUGCCACCACCAUGGCUGGGGUUGGGGUUGGUAAACCCGCAUAAUAUGCCAUUUCCUAAUGACCAAUAAACAAAUUGCCGCUUAUAUUUUGACUAGUCUUCUCGAGUACCUAAGCCGGGGACGAAGCCUUUGAAGACAGUGAACUGAUUAAUUUUGAACGGCAACUCAUGUGGUCAUGAGCACUCGGAUAAGGAAAAUGUUACGACCCACUCGACCGUAUUUUUUCUAUUCCCAUAGCAACGUUAACGGCUGGUGUUGGGACUGGUAGACUCGCAUAAUUCCCUCAACUCUCAUUAAGGAUAAAAAUAUCUUCGACGAGGUUUGGUCUUACAGCCCCACUUAAAUGAUAUCAUAUGGUAAGCUUUCUAAAAAGUUUUGCUGAAUAUGAAUACGCCGACUCUACAAACAUCAAAUGUUGGCAUCGUCCUAACCAUUUUAAUCCAGCGAGUGAUUCCGCCACGAAGGGGGAGAGGAGUGCCUAUAGGCCAUCCUCGUUUACAUCGGUUAUCAGCUAACACGUUCUUCUCUCCAUGUGGUUUGAGCCUUAUUUGUGCUCCCUUCACUAUCCCAAUCCAGCGAGUGGCCAAGUAGACUUGCUAGUGGAACUGCUCUGACGAUGUGGAACCCCGUCUGUUCCACUACCGCGGCCAUGCACUGCGAAUUACCACGUGGUACACUAAGUGGCCUUUCAGUUGUGAUUGCACUUCACAUAUCAUAUUAAUCCAGCGAGUAGCUAUGUCGGGGGGGUGUACACUCCACCCUUACUCGCUUCCCUACGCAUGCUUCGAGCUCUGCUUGCGCCCUCUUUCCCUUCCUAAUCCAAUUAGUAGCUAAAUUAGGUAUGCUAACCAAAGUUGUUUUAGAAAGCUAACCAUAUGGCAUCUAUCAAGUAGGACUGCAGAACCAAACAUCGCCAUUUCUUCCUCGGCCGAAAAAUAUGCAUAGAAUUGUGUAAAAUAAAGCAUCAACGGAUUCAUGUUCAAAUCGUUGGUGCCGCCCUCUUUUUAAGAGAGGGAGAGAGAGGAGAGAGGAAUGCGCUUUAUUUUGAAAUCAUAUGUUCAAAAUUUUCAGCGAAAAGUUGGCUCCAUUCACUAUGGGCAGUAAAUAAGUUAAUAGAUUAUUCAAGAGUCAAAGUUUAACACAAAGAAGCGAUUAUUAUGGGGAUAGUUCAAGUAUUAGCUUCUGUAUUUCUGUCUCUUCGCGCGUAAGAUAGCGCGCUAGGAAUGGCAAUGCAGAAGCACGAUAAGCCGAUGUGCGACAGGAUAUAAGACGGAAGUUGCGGCGCAUCGGGCGGGAAGACUUGGCAGACAUAAGAUCGGAAUGUAGGGGAUGGGCAACGUCAUCUAGAAUUCGACCAGCAAAUUGCUUGACCGCAUUGAAGUGUCGUUGUAAGAUUGUGUUAACUAAAAAAAUAUAAGACACGCCAGCAGCAGAAGAGAGCAUGCCUGUUGUCAUGAUUGCUGCCCUCGGAAACCAGGGUUCUCAUUAAGCAGUAAUCUGAAUUUAAUGGCCAAGAUAUUUUGGCGGAAUUCCGAUUUGUUUGUGGGCUUAAACAUUUGCUAAAAUGAGGUAAUGGCCGGAAAAUACUGACGAUCUCGCAUAGGAAAACCGCGAGGGACCUAAGGGACUGCGAAUUGAAUGUAUAGUAUAUGCGUUCGACCUUAAUCCCAGUUGAACUGGCAUGAUCUGGUCAUUAGUAAACGAGGGAAGAUAGCAAAUUGUGGGGUCCAUCCAACGGUCAUUCUUCAUUUGCUACUGAGACUCAUGACAGCUGGCGCAUAAAUCUUUGUGGUUUUGAAGGUUUACAAUUCACAGAAUAUCUCCACGUUCAUGCUUCAUAACCGGGUUUCCGGCUGUUCACCGAAGAAUUCCCUGAAUGAGGUUGUCAUUCCAAGAAAAGUUGAUAGGGGGCAGACACUCACUAACAACUGCCAUGAUGGUGAGUUGACACGAGAGUCCCGAAUGGUCGGCAAUAAAAAGACUACCGAUAGAAACGAACAGGCAAGUUCCAGAAACCAGUUCAAAGAAGAAGAUGUGAUCACUGGAACAAGAAUUUUAUUGGCCUGACAUUUCGAAUCCUAACUCAAACCCCAUCAUCAGAGACAGUCGCAGAUAAGGGUAGUGGGGGCGCAAAGAGUGCAGUAUUUAUAGUACGCAGUAGCCGUGGCAUUGCAUGUGAACUAUAAUUAACAGCUCUCGUGAUCAUCCCUGGGGGCCAUAAUGUAGGAGAUGAUGGCUGGUCAGUCUGUGUCCGCAAUUUCAUCAUCCGUGUUGGAUGUUGACGUGAAGAUUACACGGCAAUUUGACCCGCUGUCAAAGCGAGAUCAAUACGACGUUGCUGGCAAUGGAGAACUAAGGCGCAAAAUCACCAAUCCACCGACGCGUGGCGAGAGCGCAAGAAGCGACCCUGGUCAUCGAGAAGCACACAAAGAGGGCGCUCCUCUCUGGCUUAUCGUUCCACUAAAAGGCACUCCAACCUACGCACUGGCAAAGUGGCUGUUUCGACGUCUCAAGAUUCCGACCUUCGAUUCGAACACCACAAUCAGCUCGUCAACACAAUUGUAAGAGAAACUUAAAGGAGUAAGUCUCUUGCCAAGCGAUGUCAUGGUAUUAUUUGAUGUCACGUCCCUUUUUACUUCUAUUCCGCAGGACCUGGCAGUCGAGACCAUCGAAAUACUCCUACGAGACAAAUACGAUGUAACGGAGAAUCACCUCGGACACAUCCAAAUCAUCUACCUCCUGAAGUUCUGCAUCAAAACGUUCUUUAAGUUCGACGGAACAAUCCAUGAGCAGGUGAAGGGCACGCCAAUGGGUUCACCGAUUUCGGGACUCAUAGCCGAGGCGGUUCAACAACGGUUGGAGACGCUGAUUUCCCGCCACCAUAGACUGAAAUUUUGGGCUCGGUAUGUAGAUGAUAACUUCGACGUCAUCGAACGAGAGCAGAUGCUUACAUUCAAAGAACGUCUCACGCCGUCUUCUUGGACAUUCAAUUUACGAUGGAGGAGUAAGAGAACAACUAGCUGGCCUUUCUGGAUGCCCCAGUUUUCUGCAAAGAUUGCGGGGCCCUAAAAAGCAAAGUGUUCAGAAAGGUGACAAAUACAGUGCGUGACCUAUCUCAUGAAAUGUAGGCUGAAAUUCUGAAAUGCGUUUUCGAUUAGGAAGGAUUACUUGGUCGCGGUUGUAAUACUGAUUAUCAUAAGGCAUGCUCUUAUAACAUUUUUGACUUGGCAGGAUGUCGGCUUUAAAAUGCACAUUUUUUAAAUCUCCUGUAGAAAGCCUGUUUGGUAAAAAAUGACUACGUAUGUAGCAUGCGUUUUUCCCAUUGAUUUUCGAUGGUCUUGGAAAUUCAAAUAUAUUUUAUAGAAACCACAAACAAAAAUGUGCUUUCUUUUAAUCACUCAAUAUAGAAUCACGUCUUCUUUACAUUGUAUACUUAAGAAAGGAGUAUAAUUAGGUUUUUAAAAAGUUUCCAAUUAUGAGACUUUUUAAGACCGCGAUAUGUCCAUUCACAUAGCAUCGUACAUGGCCGUUUACCACUGCUUCUCAUGCAAUGUACAACAUGGUCCGCAUCCAUUGCAAAAUUUUAUGGACCCUGUAUGAUAUCUCUUUACUGACUUAGAAAAAUAUGGGAUUUUCUUUACUCGGAACGCAUGCACCUUGUGGAGUGUAAUCACUAAGCGCAAAUGCAACAAAUGAUCAGGCUCCAAAUUUUUCGGCAAUUAGAAAACUUUUUUAAAACCUAAUUAUACUCUUUCCUUAAGUAUCAAAUGUAAAGAAGACGUUAUUCUCUAUUGAUUGAGUAAAAGAAUGCACAUUUUUGUUUGUGGUUUCUAUAAAAUAUAUUUGAAUUUCCAAGUCCACCGAAAAUCAAUGGGAAAAAUGCAUGCUAAUUAAGUAGUCAUUUUCUACCGAGCACGCUUUCUACAGGAGAUUGAAAAGAAGUGCAUUUUAAAGCCGACAUCCUGCCAAGUCUAAAAUGUUAUAAGUGUAUGCUUUAUGAUAAUCAGUAUCACAACCGCGACCAAGCAAUCCUUCCUAAUCGAAAACGCAUUUCAGAAUUUCAGCCUACAUUUCAUGAGAUAGGUCACGCACUGUACGACGCAAGUACUGAAUUUCAACAGUUACCACCCGAUCGGUCACAAACGCUAUUGCGUAAAGGCGCUAUAUAAGCGCGUUGAGACACACUGCGGUUAAAUGGAAGAAACGGUUAGUGAAUUACAAUACCUUCGACGGGUACUGAGAGCCAAUGGCAAGCGCUCAACUUUGUCAAAGUGUGUACGAGAAUGGAACCAAUGACCAAAUUAUACCGGCCCCAAAUUUGGGCUGGCUCUUCCGUACACGAGAAAUAUCUCAGAUGCCGUCAGUUAUCUUCUUAUUCCACAUGGAGUUGGGGUUGCACGCAGGCCGGAAGCACCCAACAGGUGCCAAGACAUGACGCCGAAGGACCCACUGCGGCAGCAGGAAACCUCUGGAGUCGUUCACGGGAUCUGGUGCAAUUUCGGAUAGAACAACUACAUCAGAGAAAUUGGGAGAUUACUCCGCACCUGCAUGUUCCAGCACACAGCAGCGGUGAGGAGGAAAGACGCCAGCUCUCAGGUAGCGGCUCAUUCCACGGAACUUGGCCGUAUUUUCACGUUUCAAGAGGCUGAAAUUCUCGCAAGAGCUGACAACCGCGUGAACCGCGAGCUGCUUGGGUCAUUAUUCUCAAGCCCGCAGUCCAUCAACAAGCACAAUGACCCCCCGGUACCAUAUUCAGUACUGAGGCAUUCUCUGGGUAGGGGAAUCAGUCACGUGGGGAUGACGCAGGCGCUGUGCUCACCUGAUGACAGCGGGCCAAAUGGCCCAGUAAUCAUCACGUCAACAUCCAACUCGGAUGAUGCAAUCGGACGCGGACUGACGAGCCAUCGUCGCCUUAAUUACAACACCCAGCGGUGAUCACGAGAACUGUUAGUUGUAGUACGUCUGUGGUCCCACAGAUGACAACAUUGCGGCAACUGACUACUCGAACGCGGAAGGAGGAGUUAUUAUCGCAUUGAUUACGACACCAUGCGCUGAUCGCGAGAGCCGUUAAUUAUAGCACGCAUAUGGUCCCACGUGCUAUAAAUACUGCCGUCUUUGUGUCUCCAUUACCUUAAUUUGCUGCCGUCUCUAAUGAUUGGGUCAAGUGGGGAUCCGAAAAGUCGAGCCAAUAAACUUCAUGUUCCAAUGAUCGCAUCCUCUUCUUCUGAGUACCACGAUUCCCAUGUCACAAAUCAGCGGAGAGAGCUUGUGCUGGAUAAUCUCUGCUGAUUUGAAAGAGCCUACAGGAGCUUUAACAAGCAGUUGUUGCAGGCCUAUUGCGGCCGUCGGUGUGUACCGCUGAAUUUCUUAGCCCUCCUCAGCGCGUGUGUGCGCCGUUGGUCUGUCUCACAUUCGUUCGCCUAUAGCCAGUUAGCUAAGGAGAAGCAUUGAAUGACUUCGAGCUCACAUGAGCCUAGGUAGAAGCCUUGCGCUGUCCCCUCAGCCAAUCGACAGGGAGGGGGGGGGCACGAGGUGUGCAGACAAGCUGCGUGACACAACGGCGGGAGCGGACUGGCAAAAGCUAUACUCAUGAAAUGUCAACCGAAAUUCCGAAAUGCGCUUUCGUUUCGAAAAGAUUAAUUAAGUAAGGUUGCAAAACUAAUCAUCAUGCAGCAUAAUGCUAUGAAAACCAAGUUACCUCAGGAUGCCAGCUUUCGAAAAAACUUCCUUCCGGCUGCAUGCAGAAACUACACUUUGUAAAAAGCGACUACUUAAGUAGCAUUCAUUUUUCUCAUUGAUUUUCGAUGCCUCUAAAAGUCCAAUUAUAGUUCAUGGAAAGCAUGCAUAAAAAUAUUCAUUAUUUUGCUCAUUCGGUAGAUAAUUAUGUUUUCUUAUAAUUUUAUGCUCAAAGGAUGGACGUAAUUCCGUUUUAAAAAGGUCCAUAAUUGUGGGACUUUUAAGUACCGUGAAAUGGCUAUUCAUAAGUCGCCAUAGCUCUGCAUUUACCAAUGUAUCUUGUAAAGUUAACAAUAUGGAUCAAAUCCACUGCUUAAUUGUAUGAGCACUAUGUGGUCCCCCUUUAUUACCCUUGAUAAAUAUGGAGCUUCCGUACGCGGAAAAUAUACGGCCUGUCGGUUGGAAACCCUAAAUCCAAGUGUGACGAUAGAGCGGCUUCAAAAUUAGUCGGGAAUCGGAGAAAUUUUUGAAAACCGAAUUAUGUCCCUCCUUUGCGUAGAAAGUUAAAAGACGACGUACUUAGCUACCGAAUAAACAAAAGAAUGCAUAUUUCUAUGCAAGUUGUCCAUGAAAUAUAAUUGGACUUUUAGGGGCAUCGAAAAUCGAUGAGAAAAAUUCCUGCAACAUAAGUUAUCAUUUUUUACAGAGUGUAGUUUUUUCAUGCGGUUGCAAGGAAGUUCAUUCGAAAGUCGGCAUUCUGAGGUAACUGAAAUGUUAUAGAAUUACAUUGCAGGCUGACUAUUUCUACAAUCCCUCUUAAUUAAUCUUUUCGAAACGAAAACGCGUUUCGGAAUUUUGGUUGACAUUUCAUGAGUUAGCCCACGUACUGUAAAUACACAACUGGACUCAGCGCCACGACAAUCAAGUUCACACGAGAAUACCGUCCAUUGAUACUUUAUUGCCUAGGAGCUUCGGCCCUCAGAGAUAGUCACGAUAGCAAUGGAAAAAAAAACACAAGAGCCAACACUGGCAGGAACAUUGGCAGCCCCACUGACCUUGUCGGCUGUAACUGCUCAAGGUCGUACUUCCGAACCUUGACUAUGUUGAUUGCUGCGCAGACUCGAGCAUUGUCAUCGUGUCCAAGAAGUGACUAGCCAGCAGUUGGCGUUUUCCCUUCUUUUUGCAUGCGUAACUGUUUCAACGUCUGUUUGGAAUAACUACUCAAAUCAGCGAUGUUAAUGACACAUUUGUGAUGGAAAAAUGCCUUGUGACCACCGUCGGAUAGAGCCAUCAUGGUAUAACAGGGCAGGUCGCACGGGUGAGCCGAAAAUAGAGUUAUAACAGCUGUCUCUGUGUGCACCAACGUCGUGUUGACUAUUCCAAUCGUCAGUAAAAUGAUUCUCUCCGACCAACAUGUGCUGUGCGUUGGAGAGACAUCUUUAGCCGGACACAAAUCGUCCAUGGACUUCGCGUGCGAGAAAAGGGUGAACAUACUUGUAAAGUUACCGCGUUAAGAGACUGCGGUGCACAACCUCCAGGCAGAUGCGCAGGAACUAGUUAUACAGACAGAAAAAGAUUACCAACAAGUACAAUGUAUAAUGCGAUGGCCAACUUUGCCUUCUCAGUCGUUGUCCGUCCGUUCUAACUAACUAAUGGGCUGUGAGUGGAGUUCUACAGGCACGCGCACGCUCAGUCUACUGAAUUGAUUAAAGUAGGUCAUAUUAAUUACGUGAAUGGGAUUUAAGCCGGUUGCAGGGACCGCAUGUCUCGAGAUGCCCUCGUUGCGACGGAGGCAUCCUACGGGCACUGUGAGUCGCCAAUAGCCUCCUCUCAAGACAAUGCAGUCGUUUGAUUGCAAUGCCAGACCAGUCGACUGACGCGUGACUAGUGAACAAGCUCUAAAUUUGGUGACUGCUGGAAUCUAGUGGCCGGUCCUGCUGACCAGUGCAGCAAUGAGACCUCCUCGCUGGGACAGGGAUUUUAUUCGUAUGAUGCCUCAAAUUCACUCUGGGGUCCCUUGUCAAAGACUUCAACAGAAAAAGAAGCGGACGUCUUGCGAAUUUGGCCGUUAUACGACGCUGCUAUCCAUCAACCACGUACCCACUGUGUCGAAAGGUCUGAAAGCGUGUCCUAUGCCAGUAUCAACAAACCGCGACCCUCACGGCCUGGAAUGCGCUGGCAGUUCCCUGACAUCUGGUUCCCUGCCGGUAGAUGCGCUUGCGGUCUCAUUGGGUAUACAUGUGGUGGGCAUGGCUGCCCAGUCAGCAUUCUCGUCCUUCUGACCCCUGCUGGAUGUUGUUGUUGCUGCUGUUGGCGAAAAAUCCUGGGCAACUGUAUGUUGUGGACCCCGGUGUGUGGUGGCAGGUCUAGGUGCCCUCCCUCGCUUUCGGCCUUCUUGACUCUGUCUUGUCACCGGGACCAGGUGGAGGAGAGAGUGCGGUAGAUGCUACGAAAGUCCACGGUCGCUACAAAUUAAUUCCCGCGCCCGCUGCACCUAACUGUGUAGCUCACGGUGGAGAUCGUGGGAAUCGACCUUUGAACUGUCACCCACCAAGUUUAAAACGCCCUCCGUUAAACACAAAUGUUUGCAUUUGCUUUUAUACCCUCAACUUUUCCUGCAACCAAAUCGAAAAUUGCCUCAAUUUCACCACUAGUGCGGUUUAUUAGUAUCGUAACUACUGCACUGGAAGCAAUGCAUGCUCGCAAGGCACCCGUGUGGGUGAUUACUCCACCCAGGAAAAUACUAGCACUGAGUAGGGAGGUGAGAAAUCAUUGCACUUACUGACAUGCUGGGGACUGAAAAACCAUGACUCAAGUGAUCCUCACCCCUCUUGAGAAUUAAACGCUAGUCGACCUCCACCCUCUAACUAUACUAGAUCCACUUGGCAACAUUAAACCAUCCUUGUUUCGACCACAUAAUAUGACACCUGACUACAGCCCGUAGUCUGUUCACUACUCCACACUCCGAACGCACUGUUGAUAGGUAUAAACAUUUACAUAAUAUGAGGGUGAUGUCGCGGAAGAUAACAUCCUUGAAUCCACUAGAACGAGAUUACUGACCUCACCUCUAACAGUCUCUGCUUGACAGGCAAUACAAUUUGCCGCAGACGGUCGAGAAGAAGAACAAGGCGGAGCUUAGCAGUACUGUCUUUUCUACUACGAAAUCAGGCUGGGAGAUGUCAGAGGCGAUCGAUAAUGAAACUCACACAGCGUAAAAUGAGGAAUAACACCAAGAGUCCUCACGCAAUCGUACUUAUCGUCCAUGAACAUGAAGUGUGCGAAGGCGGGAGCACUCUUGAUCUAAUUGCAAAUCAAAAAAUGACGACGACAGAUUGGGAAUGUGACCCGAAUGGCGCCUCUCCGAAACGGCAACCAGCUAAUCGCGAUACCAAGAGAUCAAUCAUCGAAUAGCGGAGCUUCAAUGAAGUAUGCUCUGCGUGGAAACUGGGAUGCAGUAGGAGCCUCUUUUUGUCCGCAUUUCGCUAAGGAGUUUUAUACAUGUAAGCAGCGUUAUUAUAUUUAACUGUAUGUGCUCCUCCAAAAAAGUUACCAUUUCUCAAAUUCACAGCCCGCUUAUGGCAAAAAUCGGCUUUCCCCAGCAGACAACAGGUUCGUGGAUAGUCUUUGGUUGGUUUGGAAUUACCAGUCGGCAAACACGAACUUGUAUUUAUUGUGGCCCUCUUGCCUUGUCUGUUGGCGCUGACACAAAGCGCAGUGUCUCACGAAGCGUAUUGAGUCCAUCAACACUAACUGGCAGCACUGAGCUCUAUAUUCGCAAGAGGCUCAGAUGUGGCUCACAUACUACUUUGUUCAUGACGAAAUAGACUCAAGCAGCAUCUAUCUCGUCCGCUUUUCUGACAGCAAGGGAGGUUCAAACUAAUCUAACCUCCAAAAGCAGACCCUUGGCCUUACAUACAAGGCCAUUAAGAUCGCAACAACCGGCAGCUGAAAAGAGUCCACGGUUGUCUAUUGUGAGCAAACUACAGUGAGUGACCAAUCUCAUGAAAGGUAAGCCGAAAUUCUGAAAUGGGUUUUCGAUUAGGAACAAUUACUUGGGUGUGGUCGUAAUAUUGAUGAACGUGCGAGAGAAUCCUACAGUCUUUCGGACUUGCCGCGAUGUCGGCCUUUAAAUGCACUUCUUUACGUCCUCCUAUAGAAACCACACUCGGUAGCAAAAUUAUCACUUAAGUCGUAUGCAUUUUUAACAUUGAUUUCGAUGGUCUUAUUAAUACGAAUAUGCUUUUUAAAAAACACGAACCAACAUAUGGUUUCUUGCACUCGUUUGAUAGAGAAUCACGCCGUUAUCAGAUUUUAUAUUCUAAGAAAUGUUAUUUUUCGGUUUUAAGUAAGUUUCUAAUUAUGAGGCUUUUUAAGACCGUGCAACGUCCAUUCAUACAGCGUGGUGCCCGUCGUUUGCCAAUGGUCCCCCUGAAAUGCGUAACAUAGUUCACAUUCAUUACAAAACUCAUGAACCCUAUAGGGUAUCUUUUUAAAGACAUAGCAGACUAGAUGAUUUUCCUCACGUGGAUAGGAUGCACCUUGCAGACCGAAAUCGCUAGACGCCAGUGUUACAGCUGAUCCGACUCAAAAUUAUUUGGGAAUCGGGAAACGUUUUUUAAAAUGUAAAUAUACCCUUUCUUCGAGUACAAAAUAUGAAAACAACGUGAUUCUCUACCAAUCGAGCAAAAGAAAGCACGUUUUUGUUGCAUGUUUUCUCUAAAAUACAUUUAAAUUGAUUAGGCCAACGAAAAUCGAUGUGAAAAAUGCAUGCUAACUAAGUAAUCGUUUUUUGCCGAGUAUUGUUUCUAUAGGAGGACGAAAAUAAGGGUAUUCAAAGGCCGACAUCCUGGCGACUUCGAAAUACUACAGGAUUACGUCACAUGUUAAUCAGUAUUACAAUCCCCCAUAAGAAAUUCAUUCAUCGUACCUGGCAGGACUGAUGACUGACUUCGCAAGCGGCUCAGAUGUGACGUACAUGCUACUGUGUUAGCGACGUAACGGACUUACGCAGGACCUUCCCCCCUCGCUUUUCUGGUAGCGGAGGAGAUUCACAACUAGUUCAGCCUCAAAAAGCAGACCAGUGGACUUACAUAAGUUCUGCCUCUCGGUCAUGCGGCAAUAUUUAAAUCUACGACGCCUAGUGAGUCUGCAUAGCUGAGAAGUUUCCUUGGUUGCCUAUUGUUAGGGAGCUAAGGGGGCUGAAUCAGGAAUUUUAUCAGUCAGUCAGUCAUUCAAUUUAUUUGAAGCACAUACAGUAACGCCUUUGAACUCCCUAUUUGUACAUAAAAAAUCAAUAAACAAACAAAAAUGUGAAGAAAAUGCAGCAUUAAGUGAAUGCAGACAUUGAUUCGCAUGUGUCACUAGUUUCAUGCCUAAAAAGUCACAUAGUCCGCUUGUUGCUGCAGCAUAUAUCUGUCAAGUGGACAUUUAAAUGCCUCCACACAUGUAGACAUGACAAUCGUCUCGGGCAGGUUAUUCCACGGUUCCACGACACGAUUGGAGAAGAAAUAUUUUCCCCUAUUCAAUCUACCAUGGGGCACACGUAGCUUGAAUGGAUGUCCCCGGAGGUUAGUUGUAGUGGUGAGUUGGAAAAAGUCAUCGCACCGAAGGGCACACUUCAAGCCACGAAACUACCUAUAACUCAGAGGAUACAGAUUAAUGUUAGUUAAGCGGAUCUCGUAUGGCAGUGCACUUGACCUCUUAUUAAUUUUUUUGCUCGCCUCUGCACUCUUUCGAGCAGAUUGUAAUCCUGAUGCGUCCACGGCCUCCAGGUCUGAAAUGAGAAUUCGAGAUGUGGCCUUACAAACGUGCCGAAGACUUCGGAGAAACAGUCUUCAUCGAAAACUGCGAAUGUCCGCUUGAUGGCAUAUAGCAUUGAAGUUGCGGAGUUGGUCGCCUUACAGCAUUGUGAAGAAGGCUUUAGGCCGUCUGCAACCCAGACUCCGAGAUCUUUCUGCGUUUCUGCUUCUCGGAGUGACAUUCCGUUCAAACGGCAUUCCCGCGUACUAGGGGUCUGAUUUCCAAGUCGCAUUUGUUCAAAUUGUUAUGACUAUACAAGAUCAGGUCAGGUCAACUGUAGGUGAGUAUGAACCCGGUGACUGACGCGCAGUGAACAUUCUGUCUAACGGCUACCAUGUACAGUAAUCUGAAGCAGUAGUUCGUCGUCCAUCGUUACCAACUUUGGAAAAUUGUAUCGCACGGUGGGUGCUAUGAGUGGUGGGCGACGCUUUAGCCAUGCCUGUCUGGUAAACUUGAAAUGAAAACAAGGAAGCUCAUGCUAUGCAUGACUGUACGCACGGACAAGCGGGAUCUCUCGGGCGUUGACCGUCAGCGUACACCGGGCAGGUGCGACAUACAAUCAUGGCCUCCAGUUCUUCGAUUGCAUGCGGUCAAAGAGGUUGAGAAGACAAGUCAGAAGAUGAAAAUCAACACGUUUAAUGACAGGAGUAAAUAAUGGGUCAUGAGCGUUUAACAGCCUCGGCGCCGACAUUGGCUGUGACCACGGCAACGGCGACGAUGACGGUGACAACAGCGGCGGUGGCGGCGGCGGCGGCGGCCGCAGCUGCGGCUGCGAUGGCAGCCACAACCACCGCGUUUGCCGCCGCAGGCCGGAGACAGUGCACCCUCGUCCUCCUUCGCACUCAUCUCCCCUUGUGCUUUUCUCGGUAGAUUCUCCUCCUCCUCCUCCCCCUCCUCCUCCGGUUCCGCCUCGGGAACUCUCUUCCCUAGGGCGACAUGCACAAGGACUCCGAGCAACAAAAUUGUAA